AUAUAGGAAGCGUGGCGCCGUGGCAUUGGCGGCGACCAACUCUGUUCCAUGUCAAGUAAUAACAACUAAUUACGCUUGUCUUACUAAGUUCAAUGAUUACAACUUAGUAAGUAACAAACGAUGGUCGUAUAACAAAAUAGUAGAUUUAUUUUCUAUCUGAAUAAAAAUAAACUAUUAGGAUAUGGCAAUAACUUCAUUAGAUCUCUCUUGUGAUAAAUUUCCGACUAAAUCUGCGUGUUCGGCAAACAGUUCUAAAGGUGGGAACUCUUGUCGGUUACUAAAAUUAAACUUUGCCCCUGACAGCAGUUUAUCGAGUACCCAUACAUUAAAAGGAGGCAAAACCAAAAAUAACAAUACAAAAUCCCCGUACCUUACUACCGAUAGAGUACAGUUACUCUCAAGAGUGACGGAGAAAAGAUUAGCAGUUCAUAAAAAAACGACAGAUUUUGUCUCAUCUUUUCCAUUGGCGGUAAAUUUAUAUAAAGCCAAUUCAGAUGAAUUUAAAUCAUCGAAAAAAGGUAACAAAAAGGUAAAAAAAUCUGUGCUUACCCUUCCUAACGCACCGGUGCCGGUGCCACAAUGUACGGUAAGCGACAUGAACGACUCGGAGUAUUGUGGCCAAAUAGAUGAAGAUCGCAAACAAAAAGUAAUUAAAAAGCGUAUCCCGAUUCAAAGUAAUAGGAAAGCAAGGGUAAGAGAAAAAGACUUUGAGUUCUACGAUCGAGAUGCGCAAUAUUGCUCGCAAUUGAACAUAAACCUAGAUUCAAGCUCGACCGAUUUGAUGAAAAAUUUUAAUGGAGAUGGCAAAAGGAUUAGCAACAAAAAGAAAAAUGCAUCAAAUUUCAACAAACCUCAACCAGUAAAUAAUGACUUAAGUGAUGUCUGGACUGUUCUAAGAAAUAUAAAUAGAUUUCAGUUUAGGCCAUCACCUCCGAUGUCGGAAGAAAGUAUAACCCCUAUUAAAAAAACAAUUCAGAAAAGACGAACCAACAGAAAGGACACACGUGUUAUUGAAACCUGUCGCACUGAAGAAUUUGCGUAUAUAUCUAGAUUCGAAAUGGAUGAUAAGACGCCACGCACUUAUUCCCAAUCGUCUAGUAUUGAUCGCGUUACCGUUAUCGACAAACAAAACGAAUUCAGUAAAAUAUGUGAGGAAUUCGAAAAACGACUUCUGAAAACCCAUAAUUACUUGAAAGAUACCAACAAUACCAAAAAUAGAACUCAGAAGCAUAAGUAUCAAAGUCGAAACACUAAGAACAGUAUGAAAGCUCUUGGAAACGUGGCCAAAGAAGGCAAACAUUUAGGGCCAAUGAAAAAAAAGAAGAAGAGUCCCAAAUCUGCUGAUUACAAAAGUAAAAGUGAAUCGACACGUAGUAACACUGUCACCAAAGAUAGUGGUGUAGACGAAGGAAACUCCCAAAUCACUGAUACUUGUGACGUUUCAUCCCAUCUUACUCAAAAUGAAAGUCUUUACCCGUCAGCUGGGAGUUUUGUAUACUCUGAUAAUUCGGGAUCGAGUAAGGCCGAAGCCGAACAAUUUUUAGGUAAAAUUGGGGCAACAAAGGGUGGAACACAAAUGUCGAAUGACGUGUGUCACUCCCAGUUGAAUGACACUAUUAAAGAGGGCUUAAUUAAAGGGACUGACUUAAACAUGAAUUCAAUAGUCAAUAAAAUGUUGGACCCACAGAAAAGAAAACCCCGCUUAGUAACCACGAUGCCAAGUUCAUGCAUGAUGCCAAAACUAACUCAAACAGAGAUAAAGAGAAGACUUGCUCAUAUAAGAUUUCCAGUCCUCAUAUUAGGAAAAGAUCAAUUUAGUUCCAUUCCAGUUCCAAAUUACGAUCCCCCACAAUUUGAAGGUUUAGAUGAACACAUUUGGCCUUUCAUGACCGAAUGGUGUAACAAUCCGCCAGUUAAAAAGCCUGUUAAAGAGUCAAAGCGAAACAGUUUCAAUCGAAAUAGUUAUAACCGAAAAAAUACUUGCCUAUCGAAUGAUUCCUCUUCUAUUCAAUCAAACAAACAAAGUAUUGAAACAGCUGUCAACAAGAUUCCUAUGUUUAAAGAGAAAAACAACUCUAACGAUUUGAUAAAGAUAAAGAAAGGUGAAGGAAAGCGAUCAACUCCAAUUUCCGGAAUAAACGACAAAUUGCUUCAGUGCACAAAGAAGCAAAAAUCUAUAGUACAAUUAAAGGAGAAAAUGCUGAACUUUUUAUAUAAAAAGACUUCAAAUCGCAAUUUUGUCGGCGAUCAUCAAAAUGUCGAAAAUGACACAAAAUGCAAGACAUUAGGGACUGGCAUUAAGGUAGAACCUAAAAACUUUUCGCCAAUAAGGUCUGUGGUUCCGAAUGUUAUUCCUAUUAAAAUUGGUGCUCCAAGUCCGAUUCCGGCAAUGGUUACUAAUAAAAAGACCCCACAUUAUGCGUACCCAUGGGCAAAAGCGAAGUGGGCAAGUGAUUUCAUAGAAAACGUAAUAAAGAAAAUAAGAAGUGGAGUCUAUUACACGCAAGACAAUAAGGAUGGUAGUCGAUUUCAACCGGAUUUAAAGGAGGUGUCAGUACAAGCGGGUACAUUAUGCGAUUCUUCUGAUUCCACUCAGACUUAUGAAAGUGACAUAGAACUUGCACGCAAAGAAGCAUUUACUUCGACUCGGAAGAAUUUGAUAAGUAUACCAGGCUUUAGUAACUCCCAACCGGUGCUAGAAAUCACAACUUUAAAUAUGAACCAAAUCGCUGUAAAGCAUUGCGUGACAAACGUUAUGUUCCAGUUCGAUAUAACAGUUCCAUCUAAAAUAAAUAGUCCAACGAACACCAGCAAAUCGUUACCCCUAAUUCCAAUUGAAGUAACAAAGAGUCACACUAAAAUAUACAAAUGUAAUACAACAAUUCUUAAUGCUAUGUUACCAGCUGAACUGUGUAGUAUUCUGCCAAGAAUUAUGAGCAAUCUUAUCGAAGUUAACGUGGAUUCGGAUAUUAUACCUCCAUUGUGCCCAGUGAAAACAGAAUCAUGUUUGUCUACAAUAUCCGAACUAACUCGAGGAGAGACUUCAGACAUACUAUUCCCCAUAGCGUCUAUUCAGAAAAUGCCUUCUAGGCAGACACUUGUGAUCGAUGGAAGAUUUGCAAAUAAAAUUAGUAUCUUAAAAUCAAAACCGAAUAAACUAAACGUUCGAGUAAAUUAUAGUCACGAUUUAGUAACAAAAUUGUUACCAAAAAUAGUGAUUAAAAAUUUGUCAGAGUAUUUAACUAGCCCUAUUUACAACAUGAGUGUUAAAGAAGAUAUGAAUGCUGGAGUCUCUAAAAGUAAACUAAGGAGGACCCUUGCUGUUCCCAAUACUCGAAGUUCUAAGUGCAGUAUUUUGGAAGUUUAUUCUGGCAGUAACAAAAGAUUGAGGUCUUCGUUUAAACCUUUUGACCUCAUAAGUGUGAUUGAAAGCAUUUUAAGCAGUCGCAACUUACAAAUUAACCGGAAUUUAACUUCUUAUUUCGACAUGCUCAAGUUGCAGUAUGAUGGCAAGGGAAUUAAAAUUAACGUGUCGAUGAUGAACGAUAUUGGUGUUCAAAGGAAUAUGACGGUAGUCGUUAACAAUUUAAAAAUAGAUUCCAUAUACGAGGCUUCGCCAAUAACAAUUACCAGAAAAAUUGAAGAGACAGUAACUUACAAGAGUGAGACUCGUAUGAAAUGCAUAGAAUACAAACAAUCUUUAGCUAACAAAACAGAGAGUACAGAAAUAAAUCAAAUCUCGAGCAACAAAAUCAAGAGAAGUAAAGGAUUUUAUAAACAGGUUCAUAGAAAGUGCAAAUCUACAACCAAUAUACCUUCUGGAGAUAAAAAUGUUAACACUCCACUAAGUAAGAUUACGAACUUGGAAGAAUUUUUCCAAGUUCUAGGGUCCAAAAAAAAUUUUAGCGGCGUUUUUGAUGGGUACGCCGCGAAAAAGAUUCUGACUUCUAUAACUGAGAUGAAAAAUUGGGUGACCGAAAUAAACCCGAAACAAGCCCUGUUGAUAUUAUUAUUGACGAACAAAAAAGACACACCGAAUUUAGUGCGAUUCCGGCCCAUACUCCUCCAAGGCAUAGCCGUAAACAGGAUCACUCGAGCUGCAGAAUUAGAUAUGGAGAUUGAAGUAAUAGAAAGAGAAAAUUUAAAUAAAUUUUCACAGUACGAAGGUAUAUCUUAUUUGCCGGAAUCAGCUACAAAUUACGACAAUCUAUUGGAGGAGUUGUACUGGAUCGCUAAAACGACUGCUUCAGAUUACCAAAAACCUUUCGAUGAGUCAUCGGAAAGGCUUCUGAAGUCGCUGUUGGAGAAACGAAAGAAACUGAAUCCGUCUUAUCUCCGUGUAAUGGCACGAUACGUGGGCUUAGGACUGCUGAAGCCCCCAACAAAAACAUAAUUAUUUUUUGUGUUACAACACGUGCUGUGACGUUGUGGUCGAUCCGAAAUUGUAUUGUGAUUUUAUUAUUUAUUUUAUAUAACUAUUUAUACAAAUAAAAAAUUUAUAUCCUA